CGGCAAACAACGCCGUCGAGUAGAAUCAAACAUUACUCACAAACAGAUCGUCCACACUGAACUGGAGAAAAAAACAUGGCAGCCAGCAAUAACAAAUUACUACAGCAGCUCAUUCAGAAACUGGGACUAGCAAGCCAUGAAGCAGUCUUACCGAAAUCUACCGAGCUACAACGACUGCUGGACAUUCGUUCGUCGAACGGCAUGAUGACUAAUCUAGGAGACUACGCAAAAGCAACAAUUUGCAUCGAUCUUGCGUCUAGCCUUCUGGCGUUACCGUUCGACGGCGAUAUGGCUCUGAAGCUGUCUGGGCUAAGAAAAACGGCCUACUACAAUGGACGCCGGACAUUGGAGAAGAUCCUCGACGUUAACAAAACGAUCGGCAUCAACGAAAUCUGUGUUCAGCUGGGAUUGAGUCAGGUGCAGAAGGAUGCGUGCGGCCUGCUGGAAGCGUACAAGCGGUACGCCGGUGGCAAUAGUGACAUCGACUUCGCACAUCCACAGUACGCUGCGAUGGCCGUAUUUCAGGCCUGCAAGCGCCAGAAAGUCAAACCACCCAAGACGAAGCUGGUCCCUUUCAGCCAUCUCAAACCGGCGCAGUGGACUUUGCUGGAGAAAAACUGGGAGCAGUUUUUGACAAAUUCAGAACAUACAUUGAAGAAAACAGCGGCGCAAGAAAAAGGCAACUCCGAGAAAGAAGAAACGGCUCAGCCGAAGGCAACUUCCUCUGGUAGUUGUGGGAAACACGCUAGUCCGGAAAAGAUUGAGCCAUAUAGUAACUGGAAGAAACGAAUGCUUGAAAAGGCGUACCGCGAGCUAGAACUGCUCCGUGGAAGUGGAUAACGGCAAUUAUAGGAUAGAUUAUAAAAGACGUUGGUUUCAGUGAUGAUGAUUUUAUGUUAAUAAGGCGCCAACUAUUUUUUUAAAUGUAAAUGUUACUAUUAUUACUACAAUAAAGUGCCAAAACAGGUAGGGCUAAAAAAAGAUUCAUUCCGUUCUCAAAGGAAAGAGUGUUCGCUCGCUUAAAAAGCUGACGUCUUUUUAUUAAAUUUUUGAUUUUUGAACGAUA